AUGGGAUGGAUCAGCCCGGUCAUCGUUCGUGGCAAAAUACUCCUCCAGGAGUUGUGGUUAGCCGGGGUUGACUGGGAUCAACCUUUGUCUCCCAACAUGGUGGAGCGUUGGAAAUUGUUACGCGUGGAGCUGGCGGAUCUCCACGCGAUCCGUAUACCUCGCUGGGUGGGUUGGUCCCCCAGCGUUGAGGCGGAGUUACAUGGGUUCUCCGACGCCUCCGAGCGAUCUUACGCGGCGGCAAUAUACCUCGUGACGAGGCCCCGGGACGGGCCGGCGGCAGCAAGCUUGCUGUUCGCAAAAACCCGGGUGUCCCCAGUUAGACGGGUCACGCUGCCCCGUUUGGAGUUGUGCGGUGCGCACUUGCUGGCGUGGGCCAUCCACUUCGUCCUCCAUGCUGUGCCCGGGAUGGCACCGAAGGUGUGCUGUUGGACGGACUCUACCGUGGCCCUCGCGUGGAUCCGCGGCCACCCGUCCCGUUGGAGCUCCUUUGUUGCCAAUCGCGUCGGGGCGAUACACGAAAUGAUUUCGGGUGCCCGUUGGGGUCAUGUAUCGACGGUAGACAAUCCCGCGGAUGCCGCCACCCGUGGACUGUCGCCAGCAGCACUGCGCAGCCACGACAUAUGGUGGGGGGGUCCCACGUGGCUGUUGCUCCCGGAAGACCGUUGGCCAAAACGGGAGCCCCUGUUGAUGACGGCGCCGGAGGAACGCCGCGUCGUGCACGCCGCCACGGUGGCCUUACCUAAAUAA